AUGGCAGACAACGUAGAGAAGACGACUCCAAGCCGGGAUGGCUCCCGGCCGAGUUCUGAGAGUUCCGAGAAGCCUAAAAAGGAGAAGGAGGGGAGUGUCAAAGACUAUAUCCGCAUCUUUUCCUAUGCCGACAAGUACGACUGGAUUCUCAACAUUAUCGCUAUUACCCCGGCCAUCGCUUCGGGAGCCACUCUUCCCCUGAUGAGCAUUAUUUUUGGAACGUUCACCCACAAGUUCAACUCCUUCGGCUCUGGCAGUUCUUCCCCUGAUCAAUUUCGAGAUGACGUUGAUACAUUCGUUCUAUGGUUCAUCUAUCUUUUUGUCGGCAACAAUUCGAACAACUCGCCACUUUCGACAAGCAUUCCUCGAAUGUACUUUACGGCAAGAAUCUGGCAUUUCGACAACUUAAGUAAUGGUGCGACGGCCACGCAAGUCACGACCAACGGGAACAAGAUACAAAGUGGAAUCGGCGAAAAGCUCGUUUUCACGGUUCAGGGGCUUGCCAUGUUCUUCGCUUCUUUUGUCGUCGCAUUGACCACCCAAUGGAAGCUGGCCUUGAUCACGAUGUGUGUGAUUCCUGCCAUUUUCCUCACCGUCGGUAUCUGUGUAGGCAUCGAUUCAAUUUUUGAAGCUCGGGUCACUCGCAUCUACUCCCGAGCCGCGGUGCUUGCAGAAGAAGCGUUGUCAUCCAUUCGGACAGUACACGCCUUCUAUGCACAAAAGAAAAUGGUUGAGAAAUACGACACAUUUCUUCAGCAAGCACAUAAAGAAGGCAACAAGAAGUCCCCAGUCUAUGGCAUUGUUUUCUCGACAGAAUACUUUUGCACGUAUUCCGCUAUUGCACUUUCAUUUUGGCAAGGCUUCAGAAUGUACCAGAGCGGUGAAAUUCCUAAUGUGGGAGACGUCUUCACCGUGGUGCUUUCGAUGACCAUUGCUGCUGCCUCAAUUUCCAUGCUUGCACCACAAAUCCAGACCAUCAGCUUUGCCGCAUCAGCUGCGUCCGAAUUGUUCAGUAUUGUUGACAAGGAAUCCCAGUUGGACCCCUUGGACCCAUCGGGAGAACAGCCGGCUACCUGUGAAGGACGAAUUGAGGUCAGAGAUCUCGACUUCGCAUAUCCAUCCCGCCCUACCGCGCAAGUGUUGCGUGAUUUUUCUUUGGAUAUUCCCGCGGGCAAGACCACUGCUUUGGUGGGCGCUUCUGGUUCCGGGAAGAGCACCCUCGUCGGUCUGCUUGAACGGUGGUAUCUUCCGAGUGCUGGAAAGAUAACCCUCGAUGGCUCAGACUUGGCCGAUUGUAACACAAAGUGGCUCCGAAGUCAGAUCCGUCUCGUGCAACAAGAGCCUCUCCUGUUCCGAGGAACGGUCUUCCAGAACGUUAGCAAAGGGUUUUCAGAUCAGCAACGAACCCUGCCGCACGAACAACAAAUGGAGCUUGUCCGUGAUGCCUGUAAGGCAAGCAAUGCCGAUGAGUUCAUCAGUGAACUUCCCCGUGGAUACGACACAGAAGUAGGUGAGCGAGCUGGAACUUUGAGUGGAGGACAGCGACAGCGCAUUGCCAUUGCUCGCAGCAUUAUCUCCAAUCCCAAAAUCCUGCUUCUGGAUGAAGCGACCAGUGCAUUGGAUCCCAAGGCCGAGAAAGUGGUUCAAGAUGCUUUGAAUCGUGUGUCCGAGAAUCGGACCACGUUGGUGAUUGCACACAAGUUGGCGACCGUUAGGAAAGCCGACAACGUAGCUGUCAUGUCUCAAGAGGACGACACAUUCAACGUUGUUGACGAAAAGAGCCCUGUUGAUACCCUGGGAGAACACCUCGCACUUCAAAGAACCGUCACCACUGUUGCUUCCCAAGAUGACGAGCCUGAGAAACAGAAACAAGUUGUCGGCACUCUGGGAUACUCACUUUUGCGAUGUAUUAUGAUCAUGUUCUACGAACAAAAAUCGUUAUACUGGUGCUUUCUCAUUUCGACCAUCGCCUGUUUGGCGGCGGGCGCAACCUUUCCCGGGCAAGCCCUUCUCUUCUCCAGACUCUCGACGGUCUUUCAGUCGAGCGGCCAGGAGGCUCGAGACCGUGCAGACUUUUACUCUUUAAUGUUUCUGGCGGUAGCACUCGGGAAUCUGGUGUCUUACUUUGCCAUUGGAUGGAUUUGCAACAUUGUGGGCCAAACAGUUACGCAUCGCUAUCGUUCCGAAAUGUUCCAACAGGUGCUAUCCCAAGAUAUAGAGUUCUUCGACAUCCCCGAAAAUACGUCCGGAGCGCUAACUUCGAAGCUUGCUACCCUCCCGGAUCAACUCCAGGAGCUUAUUUCGGCCAAUAUUCUUCUUAUCUUUGUUGCGUUGGUGAACGUGGUCUCCAGCAGUGCACUGGCACUUGCUUAUGGUUGGAAAUUGGGUCUCGCUGUUGUCUUCGGGGCACUGCCACCGUUACUCCUCGCUGGUUAUUUUCGAAUUCGCCUGGAAACCAGACUCGAGGAGAAAAAUUCAGAGAGCGCGGCAGAAAGUGCUGGGCUGGCCAAUGAGGCAGUCACUUCGAUUCGAACGAUUGCUUCUCUUACUCUCGAGUCUCACGUUCUCCAGGAGUAUUCGGACAUGCUGAGCAACAUUGUUCUGAGAUCAAUGCGAGCCUUGGUCUGGACAAUGUUUUGGUUUUCUCUGUCACAGUCAAUUGAGUUCCUGGCAAUGGCGCUGGGGUUUUGGUAUGGAAGUCGAUUAGUGGCCUCGGAAGAAUACACGACGACUCAGUUCUACAUCAUCUUCAUUGGGGUCCUUUUCGCUGGUCAGGCAGGGGGACAGCUAUUUGGGUAUUCAACAAGCAUCACGAAAGCCCAGGGAGCCGCCAAUUACAUUCUGUGGCUGCGAACACUGAAGCCGAAUAUCAGGGAGACCGAAGCCAACCAAACCAAUGGACCCGAAGGCGACGGUCCGGUUGCUAUUGAAGAUGUUGACUUCCGCUAUCGUCAGCGAGAAACUUCCAGAGUGCUUCGAGGGAUAUCGAUGACUAUCAAUGCGGGCCAGUUUGUUGCCUUCGUCGGCGCUUCGGGCUGUGGGAAGUCGACUCUGAUUGCCUUGUUGGAAAGAUUCUACGAUCCUACCACAGGCCGGAUCUGCUUGACGACCAAGGACGUUUCAAAUAUGUCUCCUCGUUUGUAUCGAGGACACAUGUCUCUCGUGCAGCAGGAACCAUCACUCUAUCAAAGAUCGGUACGAGAGAACGUCUCCCUCGGCCUCGAGCGCGAGCCACCAGAGGAAGAGAUACGAGAAGCAUGUCGCAAAGCGAAUGCACUGGAUUUUGUCGUUUCUCUGCCCCAGGGAUUUGAUACCCCAUGCGGAUCUCGAGGGAUGCAAUUCUCGGGCGGUCGGAGACAACGAAUCGCCAUUGCCCGAGCCUUGAUCCGAAAUCCUCGAUUGCUGCUACUCGACGAGGCUACGUCGGCUCUGGACACACGAUCUGAACGGUUGGUGCAGGCGGCGUUGGACGAAGCGACCAUGAGUCGGACCACGGUUGCAGUUGCGCAUCGACUGUCAACGAUUCGUCACGCCGAUGUCAUCUACGUACUCGCCAAUGGCAAAAUUGCCGAAAUGGGGACGCAUGCUGAGCUGCGGAAAUUGAAAGGCAGAUACUAUGUUUGGCGCAGUCUUUGGAUAAAGCGUAAAGACGACCUUCUCCAGUCAGAAUCGGCUAUACCCGUGUAUCUGAUAUGA